AUGGCUGCCACUGCCACCCUGGUCUCAGGCUUGCUCAUCAAAGCACUGGUCCAAGUCUUCAGUAUUAAUUUCUCCUUGGCUACUAGUUCUCAAACCGUGGUUCAUGUUCAGGCCCAACAUUCUACUGACUAUGAAGAGGAAGAAGAUGACAGAGCUAAGUUACAUUUGGAUGCCCGUGGUCAUCGGCCCUAUGACAAGAGGAGGGAAGAGGCUCCCAGCCUGAGACCUGUACCCCCUCCCAUCAGCGGAGGUGGCUAUCGGGCUCGUCCCCCCAAAUCAGCUCUGGGCCAGAAGAAAGUGGAGAGAAAGCCCCCUGAUGCUGAUGGCUGCCUGCACGCUGACCCGGACCUGGGUGUGUUGUGUCCUACAGGUUGUCAGUUGCAAGAUACUUUGGUAAAACAGGAAAGACCAAUCCGAAAGAGUGUAGAAGAUUUACGUAAUAAUGUGGAGUCUGUUUCCCAGACCUCUUCGUCCACCUUUCAGUAUAUAACUCUGCUAAAAAACAUGUGGAAAGAAAGGCAGAAUCAAGUAAAAGAUAAUGAAAAUGUAGUAAACGAGUACUCCUCACAUCUGGAAAAGCACCAGUUAUAUAUAGAUGAGACUGUGAACAGUAAUAUCCCAACUAAGCUUCGUGUGCUCCGUGCAAUUCUGGAAAAUUUGAGAAGCAAAAUACAAAAAUUAGAAUCGGAUGUCUCAACUCAGAUGGAAUACUGCCGCACCCCAUGUACUGUCACUUGCAAUAUUCCUGUGGUGUCUGGCAAAGAAUGUGAGGAAAUCAUCAGGAAUGGAGGUGAAACAUCUGAAAUGUAUCUUAUUCAGCCUGAGGAUUCUAGCAAACCAUAUAGAGUGUACUGUGAUAUGAAAACGGAAAAAGGAGGAUGGACAGUAAUUCAGAACCGUCAAGAUGGUAGUGUUGACUUUGGCAGGAAAUGGGACCCAUAUAAACAAGGAUUUGGAAACAUUGCAACCAAUGCAGAAGGGAAAAAAUACUGUGGUGUACCAGGUGAGUAUUGGCUUGGAAAUGACAAAAUUAGCCAGCUUACCAACAUGGGACCCACAAAGCUUUUGAUUGAAAUGGAGGACUGGAAAGGCGAUAAGGUGACGGCACUCUAUGAAGGAUUUACUGUACAGAAUGAGGCCAACAAGUAUCAACUCUCAGUGAGCAAAUACAAAGGAACAGCAGGCAACGCCCUCAUCGAAGGGGCUUCUCAGCUGGUGGGGGAGAACCGCACCAUGACUAUCCACAACAGCAUGUUCUUCAGCACGUACGACAGAGACAACGAUGGCUGGAAAACUACAGAUCCCAGAAAGCAGUGUUCUAAAGAAGACGGUGGUGGAUGGUGGUAUAACAGGUGUCACGCAGCCAAUCCCAACGGCAGAUACUACUGGGGUGGGGCGUACAGCUGGGACAUGGCGAAGCACGGCACAGAUGAUGGAGUGGUGUGGAUGAACUGGCAGGGCUCCUGGUACUCAAUGAAGAAGAUGUCCAUGAAGAUCAGGCCUUACUUCCCGGAGCAGUAGUACCCACCCCCCACCCCACGGAUUAUUAUUCUUCCACACGUAAUGACAGCUUUGUAUAUCAUGUUAUCAGAAAAUUUUUUUCAUACCUUAUAUCUCUCUAAAGCUAUCAAAAUGUAGUUGGUGUGAGUUUUCAGAAAGUUUUUAGGACAAAUAACAUUAAAAACAGCACAUGGUUUUCUUUCGUAUUUGUCAUUUCUAUCGCAUACCAAGAAGUAACUAAAAGGAUGAUUGUAGACACUCAGUGUUCAUAAUUUCCAUUCCAGUGGAUUGUGAAAAGUUUCAAAUUAGGAAGAGAAAUUGAGGUGAAGUAAAAUCAUGUGUUUAAAAUCCACUUUGAACCUCUCUUUAUUUAUGUAAGAUCUAUCACAGAAAACGCAAAAAGAUUUAUUCAUUAAA